GACGUCUAUGUCCUAAACCUACACUUUCUGUUACUCGCUUUCUCGCCUUUUUUAUUUCUUGUAGCAUCUCUAUCAGCAGCAACCAAUAUGUCGUCCACUCACUACGAUGUCCUCAUCGUUGGCGCUGGCAUUGCUGGCUCAUCAAUGGCCCAUGCCUUGUCCACAAUCACUUCUAAAAGUCGCGACACACCACUCAAGAUAGCUCUUCUCGAGCGUUCUCUUGCGGAACCAGACCGAAUAGUUGGAGAACUACUUCAGCCUGGAGGAGUCGGCGCCCUAAAGAACAUCGGGAUGGAGUCAUGUGUCGAAAACAUUGGCGCGAUCUCUGUACAUGGAUACUGUGUUACACAUUCAGGUCGCUUGGUUCAUAUCCCAUAUCCUAACGGCUAUGAAGGAAGAAGCUUUCAUCAUGGUCGUUUCAUCAUGGCUUUGAGAGAAAAGGCGAAACAUGCCGCAGGAGUGGACGUUCUAGAGGCUACCGUAACUGACCUCAUCGAAUGCGAGUACACUAAAAGAGUUAUUGGCGUACGUGCAGCAAGGCAAAAUAGUGAGGAAGGGAAUGAAAAGGGGGGAAAGGAGUCUUUCUUUGCGGACUUGGUGAUUAUUGCAGACGGCUGCUUUUCAAAUUUCAGAAAUUCAGUUAUGGGUGAAGCUGCACGCAAAUCAUCAACGAGGAGCCAUUUUGUUGGUGCAAUCUUGAAGGAUGUUACGCUUCCGAUGCCCCAGCAUGGCACAGUGUGUCUUGUUCGUGGACAAGGUCCAGUCUUGCUGUAUCAGGUUUCAGAGCACGAUACACGUAUGUUGGUGGAUGUCAAGCAACCACUACCUUCUGAUCUCAAGGGUCACAUCCUUCAAAACGUCGCUCCUCAACUCCCUUCUGCUUUGCAUGUCGCCAUUCAUAACGCACUCGAGAGUGACCGCCUAAGACGCAUGCCCAAUUCAUUUCUACCACCAGUCGAACAAGGAGGUAAACAUAUGAAGGAGGGUGUCAUUCUUUUGGGUGAUGCUUGGAACAUGCGACAUCCGCUCACAGGCGGAGGUAUGACUGUUGCCUUGAAUGAUGUGGUCAUUCUCUCCAAAUUGUUGACACGUGUGGACAACUUUGGCGACUGGGACAGCAUUUCCGAUUUAUUGCAUGAGUGGCAUUGGGCAAGGAAGCCACUUUCAUCAACUAUCAAUAUCCUGAGUGUCGCUCUGUAUGACCUAUUUGGGGCUGAUGGAGAAUUGUUGGCUGUAUUGCAGACUGGCUGCUUCAAAUAUUUCGAAUUGGGCGGUGAAUGCAUUAACGGACCCGUUUCGCUGUUAUCUGGCAUUGCCCCUUCACCAAUGCUACUGGCAUAUCACUUUUUUUCGGUCGCACUAUACGCCAUUUGGAUCCUUUUUACCCAUGAAAGACCUGUGCCAGGUCAAGCCCAGGAUACAGAGAAACCUAUCCUAGCUGCACCACGGAUCAUUGAAUACCCGGGACUGUGCAUCAAGAGUUUUAGAGUCUUCUGGAUGGCAUGUAUUGUGUUUGGACCACUUCUCUGGACUGAGAUACGUUGGUGGUAAAUGAUAGACAUAGGUUUAUAGAUGGAUUAGGAUUAUUUGUUUUAUUUUGUAAUUAUGUUUCCCUUCUUAUUAACUAAUUCUAUACCCUUGCAGGAGUAAUGAAUGUUU